GACAGAGCUAGUGUGCGUCCUGGCGAGUACUUCAAGCAUGUUUCGCUUCCUUUAGCACAGAAACUGGCACAGUUUCUGGUGAAGGAACUGUUGAAUGUCCAAGAAGGGGUGCGGUGGGUAGAUACGAGAGUGGGAAUGUACGUGUUACCUAGGUCACCCAUCAUCCUCGGAGGCGAGCAGGUGCCAGUGGGGCUCGUUGUGCAGGAUCCACAACCUAACCUAACCAAAUCCAAGGAACAAGAGCAGCAGGACGAGGAGGCGAAUCUCUUAGACGAGAACAACCAGAACUACACUGAAAUGAGCAAUGAAAUGAUCCACAACAAGAACAUCACAUCACGUAUACAGACAUCCUUGCAGAACAUCUACAAAAUGAGGGAGCACACAUUGCAUACGGAGUUGUCGGCGUUUUUGAACGAAGAGAAUGCGACGAUAACGAUCCCUUGGAAUGGCGGCUUUCAGUUGGCCGACAGUUACUUCUGCGGCUUGCUAUUUGAAGAGGCAGAAAGAAGAGGGCUUGUGGGAGAAGCUGUGAAAACAAGUAGUGGACGAGUAGACCAAGAAGAAGGAGCAGAAGCUUCUGACUCUACUGGGGGACCAGGAGGCACAAUCAGCACUGCUGCGAAGAACAGAAACAGGGUUCUUGUGACUGAGGAGAAUAAAGAUAAACAAACUUCGAGACACAGAAACAGGGUUGCUUCUUCGAGACAGUACGAUUUUUUAGGUCUGGGUCGAUUAGACUUGCUUUGGCUCACUCCGCAUCCAAGAGUCGAGGACCUGAGAGUUCUCCAGGAAUUGCCUCCAGGACAGCAGGGGGAUCCCAAAGUAGUUCCAGGUGGAGCUGGAAAACAGAUGAAGACCUCAACACAAGAGGAGGAGGAGAACAAGGAGAUUUUCAAAGAUUCGAAAGAAAAAGAUGUUGAAGAUGGAACGGAAGAAGACAAGACUGCUCCAGCACUUAAACUGAUGACAACAGCUUCUGGUGAGGAAUUGCUUAGUAGGGUGACUACACAAGCCGAAUCUCCUAUAGACUCAGAAAUGAGUGACAGAUCUUCUUCUAUAGACUCAGAAAUGAGUGACAGUAUUUCUGAACCCCCGGGUUCAGCGGACUCCUCGGGGUACAUCCCUGCUUUACUUCGAGAAGGAGGCAACGACGGAGCACGUCCUCUAGAACCACUGUGGCUGUUUCGUGCUAGAGUGCAAGUACGCAGACUGUCGGAACUGUUGAGAAGUACAGCGUGGAACAUAGUGGGAGCUGUGGAAGAUAGACUUCUUGGGGCGACGUCGGUCGGUGAUGAAAGUAGUGGGAAAGACGCAGUUGUAGAACUGCCUGGCAAGGACCAAGAAGACAAAGGGCUGAGACUAUUGUUCCCAUCAUCUUCAACUACUACACCAGUACACAGGUUACAGGAACAAGCGGCCCAUACAACUAAUGGGGCCGAGAAGUCCCUACAGCUUGAGGAUUCCUCGAUAACUAGAGUUGCAGGUUUGAGAUAUUCGAAUAAAGCUUGUUUUCUGCCCUUCGAUGCCGCGGACGCGAUGGGCCUUAUGGACUGGUACGGGAUAUGCCAUCGCGAGCACUCCAACGCUCUGACCUUUAAUCGAUUGACGGCGUUCAACGACAAGAAGUUCCAGAUCUUUUUGCAGCUGUUAUGAGAAGCGGUCUUUUUGCAGCUGGCCUUUCCGUCAUAGUCAUACCUAGAAGUACACAUCAGAGCUGUGCAGCUUUUAUGUCACUGUUAAUAACAUGAUCACUUACUGUCCAGCUUUUAACAUGAUCACUGUUAAUAACAUGUGCUUUUUAUGGCUUUUAAGAUGAUCACUGUUAAUAACAUGAAUGAUCACUUACAUCAACAUUUAUAGCGUUUAUUUGCGGAACAUUGAUUGCUUCCCUCUCAUAUGUCGCCGUUUACGAAGUGUACAAUCUCGAGCUUCAUCUGUUGAACACGUUGUUAUACCAUCGGGCGCCAGUUUACCGGUUCGAUUGGGCUACGACGCGAGUCUGCGAAAAGUUCCGAGUGAGGGAAAAAAUCUUCAAUCACAUGCUCGAUCCGCCUAGAAUUAAGGGUAGGUUAAAGGUGCUUUUCUUACCGCUUUUUAUGCCUCUCUCACUCUCCCUUAGGGAGAAGAUGAGAAAGGCAUAAGUAACAAGCGGGGUAAGCGAGCACCAAAAACCUACCUCUAAUAGAAAUAAGAAUGGGAAGAUAUGGAACCAAAAUCUCUUAUCAUUAUCGUACUUUUCUACUUAUAAGAAACUUGAUAAUGAUAACAGAUUUUCGUUUCAUAGAAGAUGCAGUUGUUGGAUCAGGAACCACGACCGGGUAAAACAACUUCUGGAGGAAGCGGCAAGACCCAGGGUUCUACUAGAAACAAGCUAGCGGCUGAGGUGAACGAGGAGAUUCGGUUUGAGGAUACAGACGUUGCGAUAGGCGAAGAACGGGGUCACAUGAUGAGACCUGAUGGGACAGCGAGUUCGAGUACAUCAAGAAUUUUUAAGGUAAAGGUUUAUCAACACUUAUUAAGCUGUCACUUUAUGAUCAACACAAACACUUAUUUUAUUAGCUGGUCACUUCAUCAGUUUAUUCAACACACACUCGUCAGGCAAAUCUUAGGCAUCUACUUGCUCUUGCCGAAUAGAUUCAAGUCAUCACCCCAUCUUGUUCCAGUAGUUGCAUUCUGCGCUCUUCUUGCCUUCUUUCUGAAUCAUGAUGGGAAACAAGAAGUUAAGCGUGAUCUACUGUGAAGAUUAGACGACAAGUGUACAACUACAGUUAAGCGUGAUCUACUGUAGCAACCUCUAAUAAGUCAAGCGCCACAGCAACAACCACGACAAGUACAGCUUCCUUCAGCAACGAACAUCUAAAGUCUGUCGAGUCAGAGGCUAAGCGGGUAUUGCAAACUCAGGCCAAGUGCGUGUGGAGCGAGGAAUUGCAGUUGCAUCUUCGGAAUUCCACCACAGAUCGGCGUAAGGAUUUCGACCAGUCCCUACUGAGGCGGUGGCGGAGAUUUGAGUCGCUAAAGUGGCGACGCGCAAGUGGGGACUUGGAAAAGGAGUGGAGGAGGUUUUUCUCCCCAUCAGAGGUAGUGGAGCUAGAGGACGGUGAUGAAGCAUGUAAAAAUCCAAGAACUGCUCUUCUAGAAAAGCUGCAGAUGCACGUAGAAAAAUGGUAUCCCAAUCCGGUUAGCACUUUCACGGGAGACGAGGACGAAACAGAGAGUGCAGCAAAUGGUCUUGCAAUUGGCACAGAUGAAAGCGUACCACCAGCCGCGACCUCGACUUCGAGAGCUGAAUCUUCAGGUGAAGAACGGAACAAGGGAUCAUUAUCUCCCAAGAAUAUUCCGUUGAGCAGGAAUUAUAGUACACCUCCGCCGACUGUAGAAACAGGCAGCGUGGAUGAUGAGUUUUUAGGGCUGUCGUUGACAGGAGAGGAGGACCAGGGACGGUCAGUUGAACAUCUACGAAAGCUGUUGUUGUACCAAAACGGCGGAGGGAGCAAGGCGCUCAGGCGUGGUAGUGCUGGCAGUCUCACUUAAGGGUUUCCGAAUUACAUCCCUCACUACCAUCCUUGGCUCCUUUUCAACGAGAAAAUAGGCCCAGGAUGUUCUGAAGAAUGCAAUUCGGCAACCUCUAACUCACUAGUACAACAAUAAAGGGAGUAGACUCCCUCUCAGUCUCACAUAUACCAGAUUCAAACAACAAACUUCUGCCAAGCAGUACUAAGAUUAAGGGCGAUAGGUCAAAGGUGCUUUUGUGACAACCGUUUGUUAUGGCUCUCACCCUUACAUCCGGGGGACAGCCAUAACAAGCGGGAGAAGGCACGAACACCAAAGACCUACCUCUAAUCAGAGUCCCGAACAAGUAAAACUGCGAAGAGUUUUGCCUGAUGACAUCUCCCCAUCAGUGGAACAUCAUCUUGGAGGUACAACAACAAACGAGACAUCUCCAGAGCGGCCCCCACAAGAGAACUACUACCAGGAUCGGCUCGACAUCACAGCCCACGCACAGAGGAAUCAUAUCUCUCUAUUGUUGAAUCGCUUUUUCCGAAGUCGCUCAAACCAUGGGCCUCUCCUCUUCUACGGAGACAGCUACCACGAACUGUAUCACACCUGCGCUCUGGGGGCGCAAACACAGUGGUUCGAUAAUGGGGAGGUGACUUGCAGAGGCUACUUUCGAGAACUGUUGAUGGUAUGGCGGAACCAGUGAGUGUAGUGUUCAAGUUUUCAGAUUUUUCAGGCUCUGCUUUGUAUUAAACCUGUAGAAGAAGUAGUGUGAGCCGCAAGAAGUAGUACGUUUUCAAUUUUAUCGCAAGUACUUAGACUUCGUUCAAAGAGACAGCAGGCGCAGCCGCCUUGAACUACUUAAACAAUAGUCUCCUUUUUGAUCCAAGAUGCCGGUCUUCAUAUCAUCUUCUAGAAACUUUUUAAUCCAACAUGCCGGUCGACUUCAUAUCAUCUUCUACUUUCUAAUCUCCGGUCUCAUCUCCCGGUCUUUACGGUGUCGAGACGGCAUGCAACGGUAUCAUCCCUGGGUUAAUGGACUUUUUGGGAACACGUUCAUCCAAGCCAGUGCGGAGAACUACAAUUAUGACACAAAUAGAAGGGUGCUGAUGACAAUGGUUCUUGUUUUUCAGUGUAGUAGAAAGAGCAAGAAUGGUUCUUGUUUUUCAGUGUAGUAGAAAGAGCUGGCUCUUGUUUUUCAGUGUAGUAGAAAGAGCUGGUUCUUGUUUUUCAGUGUAGUAGAAAGAGCUGGUAGGUGCUGCAAACCUAUUAGGGAUGCACAGAAUAGAAUAGCGGGAGGCCUCCCGUAAAUGUAGAGUGGUGGUUCGCCUACUUACUGGCACCAGAAAUUCUAAGUAGAAGCAAGUGGGAGCACAUUGAAGAAACUUCAUAGUCCGUCAUAGUGUCUUCUUGCCUCUAAAGCCAGCUAACCCGAUUGGAGACGGAUCUUUUUUGGGGGGCAUGUGAAUUGCUGAAGAUCCCGGAUCUCAGUCUCUUCGAUGGCAAGCGGUUCGACAAUGUGUGUUUUAUCUUCUCCUUCACAAAGCUGAGAUGCGAUGAACCGUUUUUGAUGGUGUAA